AUGUGCUUUGAAUAUGCGCAGUGGAUUGAAUGGCAGUUAAACCUCUAUCAAAGUUUGCAAAAACACGUAGAAGAAUCUUACUCCAAAAUUAACACUGGCUCUUUGGGUGGUUGGCAGGCGGCGCUCACGGCCAGGACUGGGUCAAGCUGUGUGCCUGGGCCCCCGGCGCGCUGGCCCGCUGCUUGCCUACACUGCCACGGCAAUUUUGCAGAGAAGUUCUCCUUACACUGCCAUCGUGUGAACCUCAAACCCGGGGCGGGCGACAUCCCCGUGUCGAGCUAGCUGCUCACAGACUGGAGCCAGAACACGAGACACCUGGCCAUCCCCUCGGAGAUCACCCGGGAGAAGCUUGACCAAGUGGCAAACGCGUACCAGAUGAUGGACCAGCUGUACCAGGGGAAGAUUUAUUUUCCAGGGUAUUUCCCUAACGAACUUCUAGUCAUCUUCCAUGGUGCUGGGGAAAACAAUAGCGUGGUGUGGGGCUCUCCAGGCACCUGUGUCUCUCUGCAGCCAAGCUUCACAUGUCUAGAACCCCAUCACCUGGCAAACCUGACUUUUGAAAAUGCUCCCAAGUGCCUGAGCAGCACUGAUGGCUGCUGGCCCCAGCUGCAAUGUGGAGCCAGGUCUCAGCUGGGCUGUCCCAGUCUGACCCUAUGAACCAGGCUUCUUGUUCUCUG